ACCAGACAGAGACAAGGAGAGAGAGACGUGAUACGCUUUCGCGUGCUCGCGCGUCCAUUCGUUACGAUAGUUAUUCCGCCGGUCGCAUAUAAUCGUCACAAAGUUCCUUUUGACAGCCGCGCACACUCGCGCACGUUCUCGCACGUAGAAACGAGUACAUAAAUGCAUUUCUCUUGAUAAUCGCGAGGCCACAGCCGACCGAAGGUGGGUCGCUCGAAAAACGGUUUGCUCGCGCUCCGCGCACGACUGUCGUCGUGACUGCACCCGUCCGCGCAUUUACGCGGUGACAUUGUUUGUUGAGACCGCAUUCUCCCGCAGGUAGCGAGGGAGAUAGCUCGAGCAGUCGCUUUCAGACAGGUCACAGAAGCGCGAAUGAUGUCGAGCGAGAAUGAGAGUGAAAUGGAUUGUUCGGACUCCGAUUGUGGAGAUCCUGGCUAUGAGGAUUAUUACAAUGUACAGCCGUGGGGUGGCGAAGUGGAUAACGACGUGGACCCGGAGCAGAAUAGAAGGGAUCACGAGUAUGCAGUACACGACUGUUUACGAGUGGAGGAAGUGGAACGACUUUUGAAUGAGAGUGUAGAGGUGUUAAGUAACAGCCUUCACAUAACGCCAUCCUUAGCCAAAGUAUUGUUACAUGCACACAAUUGGGCGUUACAAGACAUCGUCACAAAGUACCGUACCAAUGCUUCCAGUUUAUUGAUUAGUUCAAAGAUUAAACCCACCCCUGAACAAGUGCCAGGAUUGAAAGGUCAGAGGGGUAGUUCGUGCUCAGUUUGCGUUAUGGCUUUUCCCGCAGAUAAGUUUUCUACACUUACAUGCGGACAUUCGUUUUGCAAAGACUGUUGGUGUAUGCAUUUUGAAGUACAAAUAACUCAAGGUAUAUCUACCGGUAUAAGCUGCAUGGCACAAGAUUGCGAUAUUCUAGCUCCAGAAGACUUUGUCCUUUCUUUACUCACUAAGCCUAACAUGAGAGAAAGGUAUCAGCAAUUUGCCUUCUGUGAUUACGUCAAGUCUCACCCGCAACUACGAUUCUGCCCUGGUCCAAAUUGCCAAAUAGUUUUGCGCUCGAAGGAACAACGAGCAAAAAGAGUCAUGUGUUCAUCUUGUAAAACUAUAUUCUGCUUCCGAUGUGGCAUGGAGUAUCAUGCACCUACCGAUUGCAGUACAAUUAAAAAGUGGCUGACAAAAUGUGCGGAUGAUUCUGAGACAGCAAAUUACAUUAGUGCUCAUACCAAAGAUUGCCCAAAGUGUCACAUCUGCAUUGAGAAGAACGGCGGUUGCAAUCACAUGCAAUGUUACAAUUGUAAACACGACUUUUGCUGGAUGUGCCUUGGGGAUUGGAAAGCACACGGUAGCGAGUAUUACGAAUGCUCGCGUUACAAGGAGAACCCGAAUAUUGCGCACGAAAGCGUUCACGCGCAGGCAAGAGAAGCUCUCAAAAAGUAUCUUCACUAUUACGAACGAUGGGAGAAUCAUAGCAAAUCAUUGAAAUUGGAGGAACAAACGUUAGAGGGUAUCAAGAUGAGAAUCAAUAAUAAAGUGAUGAAAGCGAGCGGCACGUGGAUAGAUUGGCAACAUCUGUUCGAAGCGGCAUCGCUUUUAGCACGUUGCCGUUACACUCUGCAAUACACGUAUCCGUACGCCUAUUACAUGGAAUCUGGCCCGCGUAAAGAACUGUUCGAGUAUCAGCAAGCUCAAUUAGAAGCCGAAAUAGAGAACCUUUCAUGGAAGAUCGAACGAGCGGAAACAACGGAUCGUGGAGAUCUAGAAAAUCAAAUGGAUAUUGCGGAAAAACGUCGUGUCACUUUGCUAAAAGAUUUCCUCGAGGUAUAAUUAGUUGAGUACUAGCCUCUUGUACUCUCACUCUCAAGUUACAAAAUCGAACAAAUUUGGAUCGUAAUGAUAAGUUUUUACUUUUCAAGUGGAUCUACGAUCCGCAAUCUAAUUGCAAAAGUUUCAUUGAACAUUAACAUUUGACAACUUAUAUUGACUAUAUAAAUUAUUGAGAUCAUUGUAAAUUCAAUAUAUAAGUAGUACACAUUGUAUAUAUUUAGUAUGCUUUUUGUAUACAAAGUGUACUAAAUAUAUAAAAAUAGUAUCAAUGUGUAUUGUACAAUAUGUAUCUCAAAUGUAUAAGUUAUUAUUGUAUUCAUAAAUUAUUCGCACAAAGUAUACAUAUAAA